AACCCUGUUGGAGACAUCUUGUGGUGGACACGUGGAAGUGCCUGUUCUGACUCUGCCCGCCCCUUCUCGCGUCACCGAACGUCACCAGGAAGUCCACUGAAACCAAGGCGACAACAUGGCAGCGAACACAGACCCACGCGGCGAUGGAGCUGCUGAGGAGAUGCCCGAGCUCUCCGACGCGGAGGAAGAUGACGAUGACGACGCCGACGUUGAAGAGGAUGAAGAGCAGUGGCAGUGGAUGGAGGAGGAGGAGGACAGUCAGCCGGUCACCUGUCUGUUCUGCGACAGGUUGCUGAGCUCCGUGCCGGCGACCUUGCAGCACUGCACAGCCGAGCAUCAGGUCAACCUUGUAGACGUGAUAAGAAAACACAGCUUGGAUGACUACGGAUACAUAAAGAUGAUCAACUUCAUACGGUCAACAAAAUGUGAUGCAUCCUGUCUGACGGGGCUGCCAGACGCUCCCUUACCCUGGCAGAGCGAAGACUUCCUGCGGCCAGUCCUACAGGACGACCCCCUGCUGCAGACAGACCCCGAGGAGCUCUGUGGCACUGAGGGGUUGAGUGUGCCGGUGUGCCCGUUGUCAGGGGCUGGAUCCCAUGAUGCACUGCUGCAGAGGGCCCAGGCCGCUGAGGAGAGAGCCCGUCACUCAGAGGAGGCGCUUUCCAGAGCCAUGGAUGACCUGCACAAACUCAAGCUGCUGGCUCAGGGUUUGGUGCUGAACGCAGAAACCCGAAGAUCCGGUAACCUGGGCGCUGUGGCCGAGCUCCGACAAGACGAGGACGAGGCCUACUUCAGCUCCUACGGCCAUUACGGCAUCCACGAGGAGAUGCUGAAGGAUAAAGUGCGCACAGAGAGCUACCGCGACUUCAUGUACCGCAACCCUGAAGUGUUCAGAGACAAGGUGGUGCUCGAUGUGGGCUGUGGGACUGGCAUACUGUCCAUGUUCGCUGCCAGAGCUGGGGCCAAGAAGGUUAUAGCAGUUGACCAAUCAGAAAUCGUUUAUCAAGCGAUGGACAUAGUCAGGUGCAACCAGUUGGAGGACAAGAUCACUCUGAUCAAAGGCCGCAUAGAAGACAUCAACCUCCCUGUGGAGAAGGUGGACAUCAUCAUCUCAGAAUGGAUGGGUUACUUCUUGCUGUUCGAGUCCAUGUUGGACUCUGUCCUGUACGCCAGAGACCUCUACUUGGCUGACGGUGGCUCAGUCUAUCCAGACCUUUGUAAUAUCAGCCUGGCGGCACUGGGUGACACACAGAAGCACCAAGACCGCAUUGCAUUCUGGGACGACGUGUAUGGCUUCAACAUGGCGUGCAUGAAGAAGGCCGUGGUGCCUGAGGCUGUGGUAGAAGUGGUGCAAGCAGACACCCUCAUCUCUGAACCUACAGUCAUACAGACGAUUGACUGUAACACCGUGUGCCUGUCUGGGCUGGAGUUUACAUCAGAUUUCUGCUUGAAGAUAACAAACACUACAGACUGCACAGCAGUUGUCGGCUACUUUGACAUUUUCUUUGACAAAGGUUGCAGCAACAAGGUGAUGUUCUCCACGGGUCCUCAAGUCACAAAGACGCACUGGAAACAGACUGUCUUCCUACUGGAGAGGCCCAUUUCUGUCCAAGCAGGGGAGGAGCUCCAGGGAAAGAUCGCCGUGCGUAAAAACAAGAAAGAUCCUCGCUCGCUAUUGGUCACCUUUGAGCUCCGAGGCAGGAAGCAGACCUACAGCCUGCAGUGACCCGAGCCAACACAUGAUACAACGUUCAGCAGAUAUAGCCCACUUUUUUUUCUUUUCUUUUUUUUUUUCUUGUGACCUUUCACGUAUUCACAAAAUGCCAGGUAAAAUUUAAACACUCGAUUUGGAUGUUUCAGAUGUUAGAAUUGUUUCUGUGCCUUGUAAUAAAAGACAUAAUGUACGA